ACAGGUGAUGCGUCAGCUCGUAGUCGUACGGUAUGCUAACGGCGCCCCACGGAAUCGCGGCGUCUGAGCGGUCGAUAGCGGCGUCACGCGGGCGGUACGAGGCCGGCCGGACCCGGUGCGGUGGCCAGCACGGGGCCCAGCCGGCCAGAGACGGUGCGCUGGGCCCGCCGCUGAUCGAGGGCCGUCUCACGGCCGCCGAGUACACAACUCCGUACAGGGGCGUGAGUGCGCCGCCGCUGACUCGUGUGAGCGGCCCGGCCGGCGCGAGGCGGUGUUUCAUGAAAUGCUGCUGGACGCGCUGGGCUGGGCCUGCUGGCUGCUGGGCUGGUCGGUCUGGCUGCUGGGCUGGCCGGCCAGCCUGCUGGGCUGGGGCCUGCUGGCGGUGAUGGCAGCGCGCGCGGCGCUGGGCCCCGAGACGGCCGGCAGUCUGCACGAUCGCCUAAUGGCCUGGGUGUUCAGCCGGUUCUUGGAACAGCAAGAGGCCCACCUGGGACCUCUCAAGGCCGACCUGUUCAGACCGAUGGCGCAGAUGAAGUCGGCCCAGCCAGAGCUGACAGACGGCGCCAUCAACAUUCUGGAGGUGGGCGUCGGCUGCGGCACCAACCUGCCCUACUACCCGGCCGGCUCUCAGCUGACCUGCGUUGACCCCAACCCGCACUUCCGCGCCUACUUCCGUUCGGCGUGCGCGGCUCGCGCGGCGCACCUCUCGCAGGAGGUGCGCUUUGUCGUCGGCUGCGGCGAGCAGAUGGCCGAUGUAGCCGACGCGUCCGUUGACGCCGUGGUGGUGACGCUGGUGCUCUGCAGCGUGCGUGACGUCACCCAGGUGGUGCGGGAAGUGCACCGCGUGCUACGGCCGGGUGGCAAGUUUUUCUACCUGGAGCACAUCGCCCGUGAGGAGGGCUCCGCGGUGCGUCGGCUGCAGAACGUACUGACCAACAGCGGCAUGUGGCCCUGUCUGCUGCAGUGCUGGCUGAACCGCGACCCUCGGCCGGUUAUCGAGAGCGGCCUGUUCCAGUCUGUGGACCAGCAGCUGAGGCCCAUCGUCAAAAAACUAAAGCCCUGGGACAUGACCAACCUAACGAAUCAAUGUCUUGUCGGUGUGGCCACAAAGUGAUUGGGGUGGGUCAUGGUGCAGGUCUCAGACCUCCCUGAACCGGUCUAUCGGGUUGAACUCUGGGAGACGGCUUCGGGUCAUAUACAUAGGGUGGCGGGGCAUUCCAAUGAACCGAAUGUUCUACCUGACUGACGUGUUAAAUGUUGCAAGGCAUGUUUUUGGGUGAGCCAUUUGAACCAGCAAUUUUUUUUUGUAUUUUGCUGGCAUGCUCUUCUUGUCAAACGCUGCUGACGCCUUGUCGGUCACUUGUGCCGCCGGUGAGUUUUAGAUUCACGUGUCAAAGCAUCGACAUUUGAAAUGACAUUCCAUAGCGUAUUUCGCUGCUCCAUUCCAUAGCGUGUGAUGAAUAUUGUACCUACCGAGUAAUUGCAUUUCGUAGCAAGCUGCCGUAUAAUUUGGUUGUGAUAGCCCACACGGCGUGAAAAAUGUCGCUUCAUUCCAUGUGAUGUGAUUUUAUUGGGUACCUGAAUCGAAUAAAAGUUAAAUGAGCUC